AUGGUCCUGGCGGUCUGCGAGGUGAACGGGACGACCAUGAGGCAGCAAAGGAUGCCGUGGCAGAUUGGCAAGCAGUACCAAGCAGAGGCCACCGCCCCCAACACGGGGAUUUGGGGUAGCUUCCCCUUGUCUGCCUGGUUCGCCCAACGCUCCGCGGGCUACGGCUAUCUCGUCUACUCGCCCGCGCACCAGCUGUGGACUGCCUGGUACGGGGCCACAGUGGGAUCCCACACGGGCUUUGCUAUGCACACCUACCACAAAGAUGCGCCCACAGUCAGCGAGGAGGAGUACACUGAGUACGCCUACCCCGUGCCAAGGGACCAGGUGGAGCCACGCCAGGAGGCUUCAGGGCCUUGGAAGGACCACCACCGGACUGGUACAGGCGAUCACCAAGCCUCGGCGGCCAUGCGCUACCAUCCAAGGCUGAAGGACAUCGGCCUCCAGAAGCACACCCAUGGCCCCGUCUACAUGCAGCAGUACGGUCUGGCCCAGGAUGGUUCCGGUCAACCCCCCGCGGGCGCCUUUGCACCCCCAGGCCACAAGACGGGGCGCCUGGAGCUGGUGGUGGGCAACGAGACAGGGCUGCAGGCCAACACACUGAGGCCCUGUGGCGAGGACUGGCUGGUUGCGAUCAUCGCCGACACCGGCAACGUUUGCGCCAAGGUGACCAAGCUUGGGGAGGUCGCACUGUGGCGAGUCAUCGAGGCCUCGGUGGGCAAGAUGCCCUGCGGCUCCAACGGCGGGAACUGUGGCGACCAGGCCCCGGGGCGGAUGCUGCGCCUGGCCAACUUGGGCACCCCGGAACACGAGGCUUCUGCGCGCUGCGGCCCAGACGAGCGCUUCCUCCUGGGCUUCGAGAAAGAAGACCGGUCGAGGUGGCUGGUCGAGCUGGACGGGGAUUGCAACGAAGUCUCGGACAGGAUGGAUGUCACCCAGCACACCCACUGGCCACUAUAUCAGGACUGGACAACUACAGCCCAGGGCGCCGUCGUGUGGGUCUCCAGCUGGCACACGGACCCGGAUGGGGACUUUGGUCCUCCUGGGAGCCCGAACGGCGUGUGGCCCUAUAAUCCCAAGCCGCAGUCGGAAGAGGCGGAGCACCUCUUUGGCCUCACCCCGGGAGCUAUGAAUGCUGCAAAGGUCACAGCCCAGCGCUUAGCUGUACUCAGCUGA